GAAGCGGAAGUGGCUUCCCUUUCGAGUUAGAAAAUGGCGCCGAAGAGCUGCCGCCGGACGGGCGCCCACAAGGCCCACUCCUUGGCCCGGCAGUGGAAGACGAAGCGUCGACGCCGGGACCUGGACCAGAUCCACGGGGACAUGCACCCGGAGAAAGCGGCGAAGCUGCUCCGCCAAGAACCGGACCCGGACCUGCCCGGCAGCGCCCAGCACUACUGCCUCCACUGCGCCCGAUAUUUUGUCGAUCUCAAAAGCAUGAAGGACCACUUCAGGUCUAAGGUUCACAAAAAGAGGUUGAAAGAGCUGAGCGAGGAGCCGUACACCCAGGAGGAAGCGGAGAGAGCGGCCGGGAUGGGGUCCUACGUUCCCCCCAAGAAGGUCGAAGUCCAUACGCAGCCCCUUGAAGAAAUGGAGGAAUCUGCUUGAAGAGGAGCCAGACCAUAAAAUCUCUUGGCCCAAUUGGACAUGGACGGUGUCUCUUCAAACACCACUAUUUCAUUAUACUAAGGACUGAGGCAUAAAAGCCAGCAGAUGGGAUUUUUUUUUGGCAGAGAUCAGAAAUUUGGAAUUUUUUUACUGUAGAAAAGCUACUCUCCUCUUUUGCAUCAACCAGAGUUCAGUGGGAGGUCAGGGGAGAGAAGAGCAGGCUCCCCACUGUCCUAUUAACCUGCUUAUAUAACGAAUGUCUGCUCUUAACAAUGAUUCCUAUUUAUCAGCCCUGGCUGUGGAUUUUCAAGCGGUUUUGUUUGUAAUGCAGCCUCUUCCAUCUCAUGAGCGAGUCCUCUUUAUAAAUGAACCUGGAUACCC